UGGCUUUCACAAAUACCUUACGCGUAGAGAGGAAUUUUAUGUUGUCAUACUUGGGCUUGAUAAUGCUGGUAAAACGACACUUUUAGAGCGUAUCAAGUCUAUAUUUCUUGGAGUUAUGGGUCUUUCUCCUGAUAGGAUUGCACCAACAGUAGGUUUAAACAUCGGAAAAAUCGAUAUAAACAGAUCACGAUUAAAUUUUUGGGAUUUGGGAGGGCAACGUGAACUACAAGGUAUUUGGGAAAAAUAUUAUUCUGAAUGCCAUGCCAUCAUAUUUGUUGUUGAUUCAACUGAUAAAGAACGAAUUGAAGAAUGUAAAGAAAUUUUUGAAAGGAUAAUUACAAAUGAAGAAGUUGAAGGAGUCCCAGUAUUGAUGUUAGCAAAUAAGCAAGAUUUACCCAAUUCCUUAAAAGUUGAAGAAAUUAAAGAAAUCUUCAAUAAAAUUGCAUUAAAAUUAGGUGCAAGAGAUUCUAGAGUAUUACCAAUAUCAGCUUUAGAAGGGGAAGGAGUGCGUGAAGCAAUAGAUUGGUUAUGUUUAAGAUUACAACGUGAACCGGUUGAAAACGGUUUGAAUAAUAUUGACGGCGAGAAUUAUGGGACUAUAUUUAAUAAACGGCAUAGUACCGUUCAUAAGAUAAAUCCCUUUAAAGUUAAUGUGAAAAAAUUCACAAAUAUGGAUAUGUUAGAUUUGGUGGAUUAUUUAGCUGAGGUAUGGAGAAUGAAUUUUGAAUUAGAAAUAGAGAAUGCCGAGUCUUUGUUAAGGUUGAGAUAA